UCCAACUGCAGCUCCUACGCCAGCUGCAGCUCCUACGCCUCCAGCUUCUGUUGUGCCAGAGGCUGAUGUCUAUGACCAGGCAGCAUCAAAUCUUGUAGCUGGAAACAACCUUGAAGGAACGAUCCAGCAGAUCCUUGAUAUGGGUGGAGGAACCUGGGAUAGGGAUACAGUUCUUCGUGCUCUUCGUGCCGCUUACAACAACCCAGAGAGAGCUGUUGAAUAUUUGUAUUCUGGUGUUCCUGAGCAAACCGAGGUUCCACCUGUUGCUCGAGCCCUGCCAAGUGGGCAGGCUGCAAAUUCCCCGGCUCAGCCUCCACCAGCUGCACCUGCUCCUUCAAGUGGACCAAAUGCAAAUCCAUUAGAUUUAUUUCCUCAGGGUCUUCCCAAUAUGGGUUCGAAUGCUGCUGGGGCAGGAACUUUGGAUUUUCUACGCAAUAGUCAACAGUUCCAAGCUUUCCGAGCUAUGGUGCAGGCCAACCCACAAAUCUUGCAGCCCAUGCUUCAGGAGCUAGGGAAGCAAAAUCCUCACCUGAUGAGGCUUAUUCAAGAGCAUCAGGCUGAUUUCCUUCGCCUGAUCAAUGAACCAGUUGAAGGCGGAGAGAAUGUACUGGGGCAGCUUGCAGCCGCAAUGCCGCAAGCUGUAACAGUUACACCUGAGGAGCGUGAAGCCAUAGAACGUCUAGAAGCAAUGGGUUUUGAUAGAGCAAUUGUACUGGAAGUGUUCUUUGCUUGCAACAAGAAUGAGGAGCUGGCUGCCAACUACCUUUUAGAUCACAUGCAUGAGUUCGAAGAUUGAUGUUAGGAGUUGAGGUGGAUGUCUCCUCUGCCCUACACCCCCACCCUCCAACCCCAAACAGACAAAGUUAAAAAAUAAACAAAAAUAACCCUCUGUUCUUUCCUCCUUUUAAUCUGCUUUUCUUUAUUUAUUUUCUCUUCGUUUCCUUUCUCAUUCUGAGUGCAUGUACUUCAUCUCCUUGCCCUUUAUUUUGGAAUUGAAAGAUUUCGAGUGCUGGAGAGGGACAUGAAUGCCAUAAUGUAACUAUGUUUGUCAUGCUUCCACCCUUCUCUCAGUAUAUAUUAUUGCUGUCCUAUGCAUAUGACUACUAUAUUAGUCUUGGGAGGAGUCUAUUAAAAUUGUGUUGUUGCUCUGCUUGCAUCUGUGCUAUUAACGAUUGAGAUGUUUUGCCCCCUUGCUAUUUGUUCGAGCUGCAUGUAAUCUCCUUACCCUUCUGAAGUGUGGAAGAGGGUCUAUGGGUUUAUUUGCUGAAAUUAAUGAGUCAGAAUGACAUAUCUCUGUUUGUUCUGUACAAUUCAUUUUUUUUCUCCAUUUCCAGAAGUUUGUUCCUUAUAUAUUAGGGACAUUAUUAUACCUUUGAAACUAGAUGGAUUUGCUUUAAAGGGAGAAAACAGGUACUAAGUUUGUGUAUGAGAGUUUGAAAUGGUUUCAAACAGAAACUUACUGUUGGGAUUUCCUGAUGGACAGGUAAGAACUUUCCGGUGGCGCCCCUAUAGAUGAAAAGGUUCCAAAGGCUCCACUUGACGGAGAACCUCCUGUAUGUUGAGUUUUACGUGCGCUAGAUUGGUUUUGCUGAGGAAAAAAGUAAUCUGUUAAGUGAACUUGCCUUGUGUUUUAAUUCUCAUCGGUUCUUUUAAUAUGACCGAAGUGUGCAAAAUAUAUUUGCUUGGGAACAAUGGAAAAAAUAAAACUAAUUUUUGAAGCCUCCAGUUAACGGUGUCUCUGUCUGCCUGUUUUUUGAUAGGCUUAAUUAUAUAUUGGCCCCUCCAAGUUUUGGUCAUGUUGUAGUUAACCUCAUUUGGCUUUGAUUUCAACACAUUACUACCCCCAGUUCGUUAAUUGUGUACACUGGUAUCUUUAAG